CUUCACGCCUUCGGCAUGCCUACGGCCAUGAUGGCCAACGCGCUGGCCCCGCCGGCAGGAAUAGCCUCGCUGGGCCUUAGGGUCUUGGGGCCGAUGGCUUUUCUACUCACGAUCUUCGACAAAAGUUUGUCGACUGAGAUGUUGCUUUUUUGCUCCUACACCUCCCACCUUUGAACUGCAAGAAGCUUACGGAAUCGACUCUCCAACUUCCCAGGAAUCGAUUCUUUUCUUUUCCUGUAGAUACUUCCGGUGACCACUGCCACAUUUUAUACAGAGUCAAUCCUCCUCCUCAUCCUUGAGCCCUCCCAAAAUCAGCUUGUCACUGAGCCCAACCUCAUUAUCGUCCAAUUCACUACUCUGAGAAAGCCCAGUUUUGCCUCUCUUUCUAUACACGCAUUUUCCUUUUCGGAUUAUCAACAUGGCUCCUCCAGUCAAGCUCUCCCUCUUGAAUGCUCGCCCAUAUGCUUACAACUUCCCGCCUGCCACAACAGCACUGCUUAUAAUCGACAUGCAGCGAGACUUUGUCGACAAGAACGGCUUUGGCUCCAUUCAAUGUGGCAAUGACGAGAUCCACUCUGCAGUCCGAACGAUUGUUCCCACAAUCCAGAAAGUCCUCGAGAUGUCUAGGUCCCUUGGUAUGACAGUAAUUCAUACUCGCGAAGGACAUCGACCCGAUCUCUCCGAUUUGCCAGCAUCCAAAAAGCUGAGACAAGUCAGCAAUCCCAAUGGGCACCAUACAAUGGGGAUUGGCGAUCGAGGUCCGAUGGGAAGACUGCUGGUGAGGGGUGAGUGGGGUCAUGAUAUUAUCGAUGAACUGAGGCAGCUCCCUGGUGAACCCGUGAUUGACAAGCCAGGAAAGGGAAGUUACUGGGGAACUGGAUUGCAUAGGGUAUUGCUUGCUAGAGGCAUCACUCAUAUACUUGUCGCUGGCGUCACUACCGAGUGCUGUGUGACGACUACCCUCCGAGAGUGCCAUGACCGCGGGUUCGAAUGCGCCAUAUUGUCAGAUUGCACAGGAGGAUUCGAUCAGCAGCAGGUCACCACAUCUAUGGAUAUUAUCUGUGGUCAAGAUGGCCUUUUCGGAUUCAUUGGGGAAAGCUCCGAUUUUUUUGCUUCUGCCUCAAAAUCGCGGGAAUUGACCCCUCCCUCAACACCACCCGCUUCUGAGGAUACGCUCCUGCCCAUCGCUCAACUUCAGCAAAGAUACAAAAGUGGGCUCGAGAGCCCGGAGAAGGUCAUUCAAGCAGUGUAUGAUCGAAUUGAGAAAUAUGAGAAGAUCAAUCCAGCUGUUUGGAUCACCAAACAGACUCGGGAUGAAGCCCUAGUUGCCGCGAAAGCGUUGUCCGAGAAAUUCGUGGGGAUGCCAAUGCCUCCUCUCUAUGGCAUACCAUUCGCACUGAAGGACAAUAUUGAUGUUGAAGGUGUCGUCACAACAGCCACUCUUGAAAGUUUCGCAUACACCGCAAAGUCCACCGCUCCGGCUGUCCAAUUACUCCUCGAUGCCGGAGCUCUUUAUAUCGGGAAGUUGAAUAUGGACCAACUCGCAACUGGCCUUUCUGGUUGCAGGUCUCCAUAUGGUACACCUCAUAGCGUCUACAGUAAAGACCAUAUUUCCGGUGGAUCUUCAUCUGGCUCCGCUGUCGCUGUAGCGGCGGGUCUCGUUUCCUUCGCUCUUGGCACUGAUACCGCUGGAAGUGGCCGCAUUCCGGCAGCUUUCAACGGUAUAGUCGGAUUCAAGCCAACAAAAGGCACACUCUCCGCUCGUGGCAUGGUGCCAGCCUGCAAGUCCCUCGACACCUUGUCCAUCAUCGCUCCAAACCUCACUGAUGCCAGAAAUGUCUGGUACGUUGUUGACAAGUAUGACGCCGAGGAUCCGUAUGCAAAGCCUGAAACUACGCUCUCGCUCUGGAAGGCAGACUUCCGCGGCGCCAGAGAUGGAGGUUUUACUUUCGGUGUCCCACCAUUAGAUGUGCUAGCCACCUGCUCAAAAGAGUACCAAGACCUCUUCCAAACAGCAAUUCAGAAGCUUCGAUCUUGCGGUGGCCGGCAAGUUGAAGUCGACUAUACUCCCUUCGAAAAAGCUUCAGACCUCCUCUACAACGCUUCUCUAGUCCACGAACGCAUCGCCUCAAUCGGUUACGACUUCCUGAUCAAAAACAUCGACAACUUGCAUCCCACCACCAAAGCCCUCUUUCAAGCAGCUCUCGACUCACCCGUGAAACCGUGGAACGUCUUCCACGAUCAAGCCCUACAAGCACAAUACACAAUGCAAGCCCAGAAGAUUUUCAACCCGCUCGAAGGAGGCAUCGACGUCCUGCUCGUGCCGAGCGCGCCCUGCCAUCCAACCAUUAAGGAGAUGGAAGAGGAUCCUCUUGGCUUGAAUGCUAAGGUUGGUACAUUUACGCAUGCGGGUAAUGUGGUGGAUCUCUGUGGAGUCAGUGUUAAUGCGGGGUGGGUGGAGAAGGAGGAGGGGAAGCUGCCGUUCGGGGUUACGUUUUUGGGGGGCAGUGGGUUUGAUGGGAGGGUGUUGGAUAUUGCUGCUGUUUUUGAGGAGACGGUGGGAAAGGCAUAGAGUGAGAUGGGGGGUAUGCGUGGUGGACUGCAUUUGAAGUGGGAGUUUGGGAUAGGAUCGGAUUGGAUUGCAUGACUUGAUUUUGUUGGCUUCUCCGUGAUAUCAAGAUGAGAGAUGAUGUGUAUACUCGGUAUAUAUUUAUAUUAUUAUGCAAUACAAUGACCAAGAAAGACAGUAACGC